AUUCAACUUCAGUCAGUCCCCCUCCUUGCGUUCCGCAAAACCAGGCAGUACCUCCCCCGGUGUUGCCUUGUAACAUGAACGAGCCGCACUUUGUUAUUCCCUUUUUUUUCUUCAUCAUGGACAAAUCUCCGUGAAGAUCUCGCGAACGGCGUUCCAUUGCGUUCCGUUUGUUUGAUGCGCUGGUGAUGAUGGGACGCGGUCUUUCACUCACUGAAUCAUACCCGACUGGAUAAAAUACCGAUUUAUAUAUUAAAAAGGGCAUUUUGCUGACUUCUGCAUUUCUUGCCAAAUGCUUGCAGGCCCUGGUGGAGCAGUGUGAUGGGCCCCAUUCCCCUGUGUCUGCUGCUCUGUGCCCUGCCCCUGUGUGUUCCUGUCUGGGGGGGCCACGGUGACGAUGAUGACGAUAAAGAGUAUGGCUGGUCCGUGCAGAGUAUCCCGUUGAUUCUGGACAGGCACACAGUGCAUCUGCGGACUCCCAAAUUUGGGGGGAAGGGUGAUGGGGCAUGUGGGGAUGCUCCCACAUUUGGGGGGAAGGAUGAGGGGAAAGAUGGGGAGGGGGUGUGUGGGAUAGAGUGUCAGAGCGCUCUCCCCCCUCCCGACCAGGCCACGGUGGAGAGUAAGCUGGGAUACGAGACGGUGUACGAAAACGGCACGCGCACAUACACCGAUGUCACACUGCAGGGCCUGAAUGAGACGACUUCACGCACGCCCUCACACACUCGCAGGAAACGUCAGGUAUACGGCUUAGACGGGCGCUUUGUCAUCUCAGACAGCCACUUUACCACCAACUACCCGUUCUCCACGGCGGUCCGCCUGUCCACGGGCUGCUCCGGGGUCCUGGUGUCUGACAAACACAUCUUGACGGCAGCCCACUGUGUCCACGAUGGGAAGGACUACCUGCAGGGGGUCAGCAGGCUGAAAGUCGGGGUCCUACAGGUCAAAUCUAAACGAGGUAGGGGGGGGAGGAGGCGGGGGGGGAGGAGGAGAGGUGGGAGGAGAGGAGGAGAUGUGGAAAGGGUGGGAAAGGUGGAAGGAGAGGAAGAGGUUGGAGAAGAGGAGGAGGAUGGGAAUGGGAUAGAUGAAGAAGGACCGAGACAGGAGCAGAGACGGAGAGGAGGGAGGCGGAGAGGAAUGAAGGGAAAGGGGGAGAUACAGAACGCGGUUGAUGGGGAGACCGGAGCAGAGGGAGGUGAAGAAGGGAACACAGAGAAGGAGAGGAGAGAGGGAGGGGGUAGGCAGAGAACGAGAGGUAGCAGAAGUAGCCGUGUACAACGCAGCACAGAAACUAAAAAGCAGCCCUCCUUCCGCUGGACACGCGUGAAACAAAUCCACAUCCCCAAGGGUUGGAUACACACAGGGGACGACGACACUAACGCCGUCACCCCUGACUAUGACUACGCCCUCCUCGAGUUGAAACGGCCAAUCAAACAGAAGCACAUGGAGCUGGGGGUGGCGCCCGCUGCAAAGCCUCUCCCCUUGGGUCGCAUCCACUUCUCAGGGUUUGACAAUGAGCCAGAGGGAGGACAAACGGAGGGAGAGAAAGAAAAGGUGGUCUAUCGCUUCUGUUCAGUGACGGAGGAGUCAGACGACCUGUUGUAUCAGCACUGUGACGCCCAGCAGGGGGCGUCAGGUGCUGGCGUAUACAUCCGGCUCAGACAGGAAGUGGAGGGGUCCAAUAAGAGGAAGUGGCAGCGGAAGGUGAUUGGAGUGUUCUCAGGGCACCGCUGGGUGGAAGGGGACCAGGGUGAAAAGAGGGAUUAUAAUGUGGCUGUGAGGAUCACUCCACUUAAAUACGCUCAGAUCUGCCACUGGAUCCAUGGGGAUCCCAGCAUGUGUACGAAGGCCUGAGAAGUCAGGAAUCUGCUAGAUCUGUCAGACUGAUCAGAGGAAGAAACAAAUGUUCAUCUAGCACUUUCCACUGAGACCUCAAAGUGCUGAAAUGGUGGUCAAUGAACUACCAAAUGGCCAGCACAGACAGAUCAGAUGGAAUAGGAUUUUGGAAUAUGGGAUGAUUUUCAUGCUCCGGUCGGUCAAUCAAACAGAUUCCUAUCCAGAAUGCCAAAAAAUGAUUUUGAGGUCUCAAAAUUCUAUGGUGCUCUCCAAACACUAUCAGGUUUUUCAGUCUUAUAUGCCUUGAUGUGUUGCUUCCAAGAAAUGCCCAUUGUACACGUAAUAAUGGGGCUAAGAUUAAUUCCAUUGGUGCUCAUUUUUACCAUCUCUGCAUGAUUCAUAGUUUUGCUAUCUGACUUAAAUGUAAACGUGUCUUUUCUUAUUUCCUAAAUAUAAAUUUAGCUUGUUAAAAAUCAUUUGUAUUUCUUUAUAUUAAAGCCUACCAUUGAAUACCAAAAAAUGUGUGAUGGACUGAACAUCGAGCAUGAAUGACAACAGUGAAGACAUCAGUGUAUUUGAAUUUUAUUGGAUCUCAAUGGGACUCACAUGCAAGUGGGGGAGAGGAGAGGAGUGAUGCCAUCCAAAAACCAAACAACACUGCCCUCAACCAAAUAUAUAGCAAACAUUGUUAUCCACAUUAUUGUAUAUGAUACAUGUUCUGUAUCUUUUUCUUUCUCAACACAUUAAGAUAGUCACUUUGGAAGAGAAACGACACAUGGAACAUCCUGUGUAAAUAUGAAUACUUUACAGCCAAUUAGUUCGCAACACCCCUGGAGUGUUGCUACAGGGGACGAUACAACCGUACUGAUCACUGCAUCACAAUGACCUUGUGGAAGUGUCCCAAUAAUGUUUGCAAACAUUUCCUUGUCUCAUUCACUCCAUGACCACUGAUAGGUGUAAGGACUGCAUUAUUUCCACCAACUGCCUUUCAUCUAUCGAUUCAAUUCAGAUAAUUGGCCGUUAAGGAAAGGAGACAAGUAUAUUUUGAUUUUUAAAAGUAUUUGGAUGAUCAACUUCACUUGACAUGCUUAAAUGCAGUACCACUUCACACCAACAGGGAGUGCAACAGUAAACACUGGGACUGAGUUUGCAUUCAAUACUGCCUUCAAAUACAGAUAGGGAGAUACUGUACAAGGGAAAGGAUCUUUUUUCAAUCUUCUUACAUUUUUUUCAAUCUUACAAUUCAUAGACAUAAUUAAAAUAUACGAUACAUUUUCUCUCAAAAUAAAGACUAAAGAAAUAUAUGUAUAAUCUAUCAUUUAAAAUAUUCAAAAACGCAUAUGUCAAUUUGAACAUAGUCAACACAUGUUGCAUGUAACACACAAUAAAAAAAAUGGACAAAAUAAAAACAAAUAUGAAUUGAAUGGAAAAUGGAAGUUGUCAUAUGAUUCGUCAUCUCGUAAACCCAGAUUUGUGAUGAUACAUAUUUCAAUUUUCAUCAAUAUACACCCAUAGAACUGUAUAAGAGGCUGGAUGGAUCAAUGAAUGGAGAGAAGUACAACUAAGUGUUGAAUAACCUCAGCAACACAGCUCAGUACAGAAUUUGAUUGGACAGCAAGGGAGGGGAUAGGGCAGGGAUUGGCCAGUGAGGUUUACACACACCGAACACUGUCCAUGGUUAACAACACAUUCCAACUCAGCUCUUUCAGGGAGUAC